GCUUCCUGAGCCACACGCACCUUCUCUCAAGAUAAGCCCAUGCAAGCCGUCACAUGACUCCAUCACUCUCUCACACACACACACAGACACACACACACACACGCACGGUAGACUCCCCCGGCAGCGCGCACAGUGCACCUUCCUGACGGAGCAGGCGCUGGCUUGGUGUAAACAGAGCAGGUGUGCGGGCGGCUUUGUUAAAGCGCCAUCCCCGUCUCGUCACCCGCCUCGCCACAGCCAUGCCAUGGAGAUUUUGUGGCAAUAUCAGUUCAGGAUCAUCCUGCUAGGAGACUCGACGGUGGGCAAGUCGUCCCUGCUGAAGCGCUUCACGGACGGCGUGUACAGUGAUGUGGCUGACCCCACCGUCGGGGUAGAUUUCUAUGCCCGUUCACUGGAGAUCGAGCCGGGGGUGAAAAUCAAGUUGCAGCUUUGGGACACUGCCGGACAGGAGCGUUUCAGGUCCAUUACCACCUCCUACUACCGCAACUCCGUGGGCGGGCUGCUGGUGUUCGACCUGACCAACCGCAAGACCUUCGAGCACGUGCGGGAGUGGCACCGCGAAGUGAGCGAGCACAUCCGGCCCUACCACAUGGCCUUCAUCCUGAUCGGGCACAAGAGCGACCUGGCGGGCGAGCGCAAGGUGACCCGCGAGGAGGCGGAGAAGCUGGCCGCCUCGCUGGGCGUGCGCUACGUGGAGACCUCGGCCAAGAGCAACAGCAACGUGGACCGGGCCUUCGAGACGCUGACGCGGGACAUCUACGAGCUGAUGAAAGCCGGGGAGAUCGCCACGCGGGAAGGCUGGGAUGGCGUGAAGAGCGGCCUGAACGCUAAGAUCCUGUACCCGGCCGAAGAGGAGCCGCGAGAGAGCAAGUGCCAGUGUUGACUCUCCCCUGCCUCGUUUCUGCUUCCCCGCCGGUGUCUCCCAUCUUUCCUCCUUCCUCAUGGCCCCUGCCCUCUCUCCUCCGGGACCCAGAGCAGGUCUCCCUGCUGGCACUCCCAGCUCUGGGUCCUGACGUCUGGUCUGCUCACAGUCCAGCCAGCCUGGCCCGUUUCCCAGUCUGGUGUUUUGUGCACACAACCUCUGCAGCACACUGCCACUUGUGACCUGCAAAAUGAACUUCGGCAUUAAAUCGCUUGAAUACUGUUUAGCAACACCCUGACACUGGUACGAUUGUUGCCUGGAUAUUUGGAGAGCUCCGUUACGAGUUAUAUCUGGAUUCCCAGGCGGUUACUAGCCUUUUAUGUAUUCUUUCACAAACUACUGUGCAAGAAGGAACCUGCAUCCUGUCUGUGCAAUUGCAUCAUUGUGGUGUUAUCGGGCGUAAGCUGAAGUCCAGUCUGUUGGAGUCAUCGUUCUGCUUCUGUCCAUUUUUCUGUCUUGAAGGAACCUUGUUCAUGUUUCCCUAAAAUAGCAUUUUUCAAAGCAGAAAAUAUUUAGUUGUUCUGUAGAGGGGUGGCAAGGAUACCAGAUUGGUGCAAACUCUUUAUUUUUGCCAGCUCGACUGAAUGAGUGCUUUUACAUACAAGCCAAAAUAUCUUUUUUCUUUCAUGAAUGACCAGAUUUCUCUUCAGUCUAUGUCUUACUACGCACCAGACAGUGUAUGUCUUAUACUCCUUCGUAUUUAUAUCCACUUCUCCUUGGGGUUUUGUUAGUGUACUUUACUCCCAGGCAGCCUGGUGAAGUUUGAGGAUGUAUACAUACUGCACUGGAACGGGAAUUGAGGUCGAAACUUUACCCUUAACAGAAUAUACAUCACAUUUUGAAAACUUAACACCUUUAUAAAGAUGCUGCCACUGAGCAAAGCCUUGUGUGUGAUACAAAAGGCCGUUUUGACUGACAGGAGAAUGAUGGGAUGUGCCAUAUGAGGUAGUCCUGGGAUGCACACCACAAAUUUACCACUCCCAACCUCAGGAGCUCUAUUUACAGAAUGGUAUACAAUUUCAGUGGAAGACAAUAUCCCCUCCUUAUCUGAAUUGUUUCUUGCAUGCAGCAGUCGUGUCUCCUCUGAUGUAAAUCCUCAAUAUUGGACCUCAAUGACUAUUACAGUACUCACGACAGAAUAUUAUUAGGUGCUCAUAGUAUUUAGUUACUCAAGCCAAUUAAUGAAUAGCAAGUAAAGUUCUGUAAAACUGUAAAACUGUUCCAGUAAUUCAGGAUGAGAAAAACGGACAGAACUUGAUGAAUGCUCCUGAGUGCAAGAGUCCAGGGCUCCAGGGUUAUAAGGUUCUGUAAUAAAUUAAGCUUGUUCCAUGGGCUGAGCUGUGAAAAAUGUAAUGGUGCCUAUAGAAUGUGGAGGACUGAAGCUCUGGAAGACGGGAGAUGUACAGCAGAGAUGUUUUUCUCUCGCCUUUCCAGGAUUGCUCUCUGUUGAGAUAAGGAGUCUUGUCAUGGAGCUGCUACUGUAGAGGCUGCUGUACUGUGCCUCUCACACCUGUUUGUCCUGCUCGUGUGACCACCCACUCCUGAUUACAAGCUCCGUACCAGCUUAUAUGUACAAUUUCACCCCCUUAUUGAGUACAUCACUCAAUUCCCAGAACAUCUCUUAAAAAUCCAGCAGCAUUUGUAAUCCUGCAAGGCCUAAAGCUUUGCCACCUGGCAAUACCAAAAUGGCAUCCUAAGAGCUACCUGCCCAGUAGAAAACCCAUUUGAUGACCUAAAGAUCUCGACUCACUGCCUCAAGCAAGCACUGGUGAAAACAGGAUUUUAAAAUCUCCCUUAUACGCAAAUUUCAAAGAGACAUUACUCAUUAACUAAGAGGUCAGUGUGGAAAAGGGGAUUUGAUGGAUGAUUGAAAAGGUCAAGUACUGUGAAAGAAUGCAGAGGUUGCAACAGCUUAUCACUGUUAAAGGAUGAAGGGCAGUGAUGCACUGUCAGCAGUCAUGCAUAUUCAGUUUUGAAAGAAUCUCAUGCACUCAGACAUCCACAGCCACCACUUGCAACCUAAUUAUUGAUCUUUUAUGGGGUUUUUUUCCUGGGAAACAUCACAUUCUAUAGACUAAUACCACUGAGAUCAGAAUGUUCUGUCCAUUUCAGUCUGAAAAUUGGUGCUUUCUUUUUAGAUAGCUGCAUCGUACAUACUGCACAUUAUGAAUUUCUACAAAGUCACAUGGAACAACUGCUCAAUGCACUUCUUUUUUUUAUUUCUCAACUGCUGCGAUACAGCUCAAUGCUGUAUAGACCCAUGGUAAUAGGACUGCAACUUUGUUCUCAUAGGGGUGUUGGGAGAAAGAGACUUGCAUUAGCCACCUGGAGCAUGAUGUCAAAACUCAUGUGGAAGAGUAGCAAUCUUUGCCAUUCCUGAACUGGAUGGUAAACAGCUGUGACUGUGAUCAUUCAUUGUUCAGUAAGAUAAGUGACUGCGUGUUCGUAUUUUCACUUUUCGAGGUGGCCAAUAGGUGUUCACAGUAAAUGUGUCUUGAUAGUUAAGCACUGCCUGCACUUCAGUCAGGGCUCUUAGCUCUGUGCACUCGUCCUGAAUGUCCUUGAUUGUAAAUGGACUGGAUAGCACCAGCCAAGUGUGCUGAAACCUGGACCCCUCCCCCUUCAGAAGCACAACAUGGGAGUUCACCUAAAUCCACCAGGAGAAAACCUGCGAACCUCAGCAUGUGUGAGGAAGGCUUUCUGGUACUCGACAGUAAACCCUUUUCCACGAGGAUGAUUGUUUUCUCUUGUGUCACUGCUCAGUCACAGCCCAGAAAUGUUUGUCCAUGACAGAAUGAGGUUUAAUAGAGCACGAUCCACAGUGAAUUUAUUUCCAGUGCUUAAAAUACUUUUCUCUUUUCAUUGCCUGCGAAUUGUUCCAUAGGUGCAAAGUCCAGGAUAAAUCACAACCUAAUUUUUCAUUCAUUUACCCUUCAGUUUACAAGGGAAAGAGAAAUAUGACAGAAACGGCAGGUUUUAAUGCAGAGGAAUUAAAGGGCUCAGUGAUCUAGACAGAGGACAAGCCAUUUUGAUUUGAAAAUGCGGAGUCGUGGUUCUCCAAUUAAACAAAAAUCAAUCUUAUUCAGAAAAACAUGAAAUCAGAAAGCCUCUCUCCUGCUGUUCUGUGUUGCUCCGCCUCCUCGCUCAGCAUGAUCCAAAAUCGCCUCUGAAGAACUGGCAUCCCUGGCUUCGCUUGCCAUGAAUUAAAUGUAGUAACGGAGCUCGCCACUCAUUCACUCACCACUGCUCCUCGGCCAGGAAGAUCAGUAUCCCCCUGAAAUAGGAGGAACCAGAGCCGGUAGAGAAGCCAGAAGGGAGGCAGUGAACGGGUCGCCGGUGGCAAGGACGCAGGCACAGCUUGAGAGCUGGCCGCCCUGUGUCAGCGCUGCCCUCCGCAGAGGGGCUUUCUGCUAGACAGGGAUGCAGUCCACUGACUCACCGCCGUGCGCAUUUUGCUGUGUUUUGGCCGUCGGGGAGCACACAGAAAGCUCCGGUUGCGUGUGCUGUUUUUUUUUUCCGCUAAGACUCGGCUCUCAUGGCCGGCUCCGCCCCGCUGUACCCCCCAGGCCUGCCCCCCACCCACCCCCGGCCACACGCCGGAGCUCAUCCGCGGGAAGGCAGGUGACAUCUCCUGUUGCCAUGGCUGCGGCUCUCACAGCCUGAUAGAUAAAGCUCACUUUGCCUGGUGCUUUCAGCUCCUCACCUCUCACCAGCAUUUCACAAAGACACCGCUAGGAUUGUAGAUGUUUUUAAAAGCAAAUCGUUUCGUUUUUACUCUCAACGUGAAAUCCUUUUCUUGUUGCUUCUGAACUAAAGUGACUGAAUUAUUUCUGCCCUGCGGGGGGCUUUGCCAGAUUGAGGGGCAUCUGAAUAACUGGACACCCCCCAGCCUCGCACCCAAAAGGACUGAGCUGUUUCCUGAAGCUAAAAGAUGUCAGCUGGAUAUACAGUUUGUGCGGUCACAUUUACAUGCAAUUUAUCUGACAUUAUUCAGAUCAGCAGUGUCAAAUUCUGCUCACGAAAGGCUGCAGUGUUUCAGGUCAUUUCGCUGUUGCAAUUGUUUGACCAUUUUGAGUAAAUUUAAAACUUUACUCCGGACAAAACGUAGUUUGUCAGGAACCUGUACCUCCGUCCUGUUUUCUACCAGAAACAUGUAAAGGUCUUGAUUAUUGUUUUUACACCCCUCAAGAAUCAGUCUGAGAUGAAAAUAAAAUAAGAUUCUGCAGCUCUCAAGGACGCUUGGUUGACAAGCCAUGUGUAAUAAUGAUAUAUACAGUGUAUAGACAGUAACGAACACAGGAACCCAUUGCUGUUAUGAAAGACUGGCGGUCAGUUUGCACACAUGGAGAUGUCGUCAAGCUACUUUAAAGUUAAUUUCCAGUCUUUAGAAUCUGGCAUCAUCUUCAUACCUCACCUGCAUCGUGUGACAAUCAGCUGUCUGCCGAGCUUCUUCUUUCACACCCCCUUGUGAAAUGUGAGCCCUGCGAUAUGACAAUUUAGCUCCAGAGUGACUACAGUCUCGAGCAGUCAAGUGUAAAAGUGCACAUCCUGUGAGAGAUGACGCAAGCGUCAGAAAAAGAUCUUGUUCCACAAGCAAGUUCCUAUUAUGUUUCAGUGCAGUUUUGAGACAAUUGGCUGGAGCUUGUCUGAAUUUGUUCAAAUAAAGUUAAAAUGUGAAACUGGAACAAAGGGUCUAAAAAUCCUCCCUGUGAAAAGUUAUAUUCAAGUUGCCUUUCAACAUACUGUAUUUUUAAAACCUGAUUUAGAACCGCCCAUUGCUUUCUCCUUUGUUAUACAUUAUUCUUGUUGGAAACAGCUGCAAUGUCCUUCAGCCUGACUAAGGAUGGUGUGAUCCAGCUGGCACAGGAGAAGUAAAGACAGACAUUCAACAUCCUCUGAUGCAUGUGCUGUCAGAUUAGUCACACCUUUUUUAAUAAUGUGGGCCUGGUGACAUCAAAUAUGGGUGUAGAUAUAUACUGUAUGAGGAAUUGGGUCUCAUUUUCUUCGAUAUAAUGCUGGGGGGCUGGCAAGCCCUGAUUACAAAUCAAGGUGGAUUGAAGAAAUGGAAUCCAGACUCUCCUGGUUCUUUGCUUUUUCAGCUCCAGAUGACGUAUUUUGCACAUUGUUCUCUUCCUGUAAAUUUAGUUUCUGGAUCGUUUUGCAUGUCUUCUGAAAGAGUAGCUGUGGUUCUCGUGGUCAGGUCUUGUCCAUUCCCUUCCCAGGGGGCUGUUAUUGUUGUGAUGAAGCCCAGCUGAAGAUACUACUACACUACAGCCUGUUUCAACUGAGUAUCGCACCCUAUAACAUCACUUAACAGGAAAUACACUGGCUUCCUAUCAUAUUCUGAUGAAAAUGAAUUAGCUGUAUUACCUGACAAUUUAGAAGAAAUAAUAAAACUAUUUGUCCAUUCUUAUUUGGUGAUAUCCUUCUUUAUAGAAGUGAUUAAACACUCAGAAGUGGGUGGCAUCUUAUUAUAUUUAUAAAAGUGGAGGGACAGAAAAAUCGGACACGUGGUACAAUUGUGAAGCACUUAAAGUUUUUAGGUGGUCUACUAUAGUGAAUGGUGUUUUCUCAUAGAAAAAGCACCUUCUGAUCCAAUUAUAGAAAUUCGUACAGGAUGCAUUGACUAUAGCUCAUGCAAUCUGUCAGCACAUGGUGUUAGGAUAACACUUUAAUCCUUUAAUAUUUAGAAUAUUUUAUAAAGCAUUCCAAGCUUAAAUAAUCCUCAUUUUUUAAAAUCUGGCAAUUGAUAAAACUUCUUCCUUUAGGACAAUAACACGUUGAAAAAGUUUCUGAAUAUUUAAGAAUGUUAAGUAGUACUAGUUCUGUGAUUAACAAGUGGCUGGUGUUUGACGCCCUCUUUUGAAAUUCUAAUAGAACUACAGCACCAAAUGCGGUUCUAAAUGUCAUUGAUUGGACAACAAAGAUAGUGUUUUUACAUGUCACAUAUAAAAAACACUGUUCAGGUUUACUGCGUGUGUGUCAAGCCGCGAUGAAGUAUGGGAAUAAAUAUAACUGAUGGUAAUGAAGUUGUCUACAGAGACUUCUACUUAAGCUUCUUGAGAAACUAUGUCAUUUACCUUUACAUAUGGAUAAAUUGUACUUUAUGGGCAUACAUAAAGGUUUCUGACACAUUGAAUCUGUGAAACGACAAAAGCUAAUUAAUUUUUUUUUCCAAAAUUUCUUUUUUGAAAAACUCAAAAAGAUUUACAAAACUGUAAAUCUGUUAGACAGUGUUAACUAGAUAUUCAUAUUAUCUUGCUGACUGCCAGUUUUUGCUUUCUGUAAAUCAUCUCUUGCUGUGAAGUGAACUGGCCACUCCCAGCGUUUAUUCCACAGUGCUCUCCGUUCAGUGUUUGAGCUUUGUACUCCACUAAAAUGAUGCUGUGUCUUGCUAUUCUCUUUGUAAAGUGUCUUAACAUUUACCCUAAAUUUCUAUAUGCAUAUUUCUUCCAGUUAAAACAUUCAAAAGUAACUGCUUUAUGCCUGUUAGGUCUGAGCAGACAUUGCUUUACAAUUAACAGAGAUUUGAAACCUGUGUUAACUACCAGCUGAUGCCGAGUUUAAUAUUUGAUAUUUAUGUAAAUAUAUUAUUUAUUAGCCUUUCAUCCCGUAUUUUUUAAAAACUGCAGUUAAGAUCCGAAGUCAUCAUGAUUUAUUGUUAUUACGUUCACUAAACUGUCUACAUUUUUGUAUUUCUAUGACCAUUUCUAACUCAUCUGGCAAUGCAUUCUGGGAUCAGUAGUUCUGAGAUUGAAAAGGAGUGAAUGGGGGCAAGCCUGGAUAAUUGAUUAAAAAAAAUCCCAAAAUGCCAGGAACCAAUUGGCCCGGUCCCAGAAUAUGGAAAAACAUUUUUAUAGGCAGGUGCUUUUUUAUCAUGUAAUCUUCUCUGGGCUCUGUAAAAUGUUGAGAUACUUGCAUUGUGAUUUGAUAUGUGAUGUACAAAGAAUAAAUGUUAUUUAAGUUAA